GUCCCGCGCUCCCUUGGCGGCUCUCAGCGCAGUGCGCCCACCGCGGCUGAGUGUAGCGGCGUCGGCCGGGCGUCCUUUUCCUCUUCUCGCUGCUUCAGGGCGCGCUCCGUACAGCGCCGAGAGCGCCCCUGGGCGCGGGCAGUGGCCGCGGUGAUUUCGUCAGGUUAUCUUAUGAUGAGGCUUUUGCUAUGGCUAAUGACCCCUUGGAAGGCUUCCAUGAAGUAAACCUUGCUUCGCCUACUUCUCCAGACCUUCUUGGUGUGUAUGAAUCAGGAACUCAAGAGCAGACUACCUCACCAAGUGUCAUCUAUCGGCCACAUCCUUCAGCUCUGUGCUCUGCUCCUAUUCAGGCUAAUGCCUUAGAUGUUUCCGACCUUCCCACACAACCCGUGUAUUCAUCCCCCAGACGUUUAAAUUGUGCAGAAAUAUCUAAUAUCAGCAUCCAUGUUACAGAUCCAGCGCCUUGUUCUACCUCUGGAGUCACAGCUGGGUUAACUAAAUUAACUACCAGAAAGGACAACUGUAAUGCAGAGAGGGAGUUUUUACAGGGUGCUACUAUAACAGAGGCUUAUGAAGGCAGUGAUGAUAUUUUUGGGUUGAGUACUGAUAGUCUGUCCCGUUUACGAAGCCCAUCUGUUUUGGAAGUCAGAGAAAAGGGCUAUGAAAGAUUGAAAGAAGAACUUGCAAAAGCUCAGAGGGAACUGAAGUUAAAAGAUGAAGAGUGUGAAAGGCUUUCUAAAGUACGAGAUCAACUUGGACAGGAAUUGGAGGAACUCACAGCUAGUCUGUUUGAGGAAGCUCAUAAGAUGGUGAGAGAAGCAAAUGUCAAGCAGGCAGCCGCAGAAAAACAGCUAAAGGAAGCACAAGGAAAAAUCGAUGUCCUUCAAGCUGAAGUAGCUGCAUUAAAGACACUUGUCUUGUCCAGUUCUCCAACAUCACCUACACAAGAGCCUCUGCCAGGUGGAAAGACACCUUUUAAAAAGGGGCAUACAAGAAAUAAAAGUACAAGCAGUGCUAUGAGUGGCAGCCACCAGGACCUCAGUGUGAUACAGCCCAUUGUAAAAGACUGCAAAGAGGCUGACUUAUCUCUGUAUAAUGAAUUCAGAUCUUGGAAGGAUGAUCCUACAAUGGAUAGAUCAUGUCCUUUCUUAGACAAAAUUUAUCAGGAAGAUAUCUUUCCAUGUUUAACAUUCUCAAAAAGUGAGUUGGCUUCAGCUGUUCUGGAGGCUGUGGAAAACAAUACUCUAAGCAUUGAACCGGUGGGAUUACAGCCUGUUCGAUUUGUGAAAGCUUCUGCAGUCGAAUGUGGAGGACCAAAAAAAUGCGCUCUAACUGGCCAGAGUAAAUCCUGUAAACACAGAAUUAAAUUAGGGGACUCAAGCAACUAUUAUUAUAUUUCUCCUUUUUGCAGAUACAGGAUCACCUCUGUAUGUAACUUUUUUACAUACAUUCGAUAUAUUCAGCAGGGGCUCGUGAAACAGCAGGAUGUUGAUCAGAUGUUUUGGGAAGUUAUGCAGUUGAGAAAAGAGAUGUCAUUGGCAAAGCUGGGAUAUUUCAAAGAGGAACUCUGAUGCUCUGCCUGGGACCAUGCAUGAACCUCCCUGAAUACCUGGAAAAUGGCUGAAUAUUUUUAUGGUUACUUGAUAUUUAUUUCCAAGGAGUGGGCCCAAGACGUUUUCUCUCUUUUGCAGAUUACACUAAGAAGUACUGUGAUUUCUUUUAAAUUGACCUCUGCUGUGUCUGCUUACUCUCUAGUUGAACACACUAUAAAGAAUUAUAGGUGUACUAGUGAUUGUAAUUUAGAGUUGCAAAAAAAAAAGCUAAAUAAAAUACGUCA